AUGUAUUUUGCGACUCUCAUCUCCCUCCUACCUCUCCUCGCUUCAGCGGCAGUAGUGAACAAAAGAGCAGAUUCGGAUGUCGGUUCCACCACUUCUGACGUCUAUCCUCCCACCGGUACUUCUGUCAAUUCAGCUGUCUUCCCUGGAGAAAGUAAAGUCGGAUAUCCAGGUGUAACGGUCACUGGAGUCGAACCAGCUGCUAUUCAAACUGCAGCUUCCUACCCCUCAAAUGAUGGUCAAUCUUCAAGUUAUCCAUUAGUAGUCGAUCAGCCCGAAGACAAUCCAAGUGAAGAUAUCGACAUCACGAAAUAUUGGGGUAACUUAUCACCUUGGUAUUCGGUUCCAUCAAGUUCUUACGGAUUGAAUGAAACGUCACCUUUAGCACCUGAAGGAUGUUCAGUAACUCAAGUCCAUUUAUUAUAUAGACAUGGUGCUAGAUAUCCUACUUCAGGAGCCGCACCUUCCACAUUCGCAGCGAAACUUGCUAAUGCGACUAAACAAAAUGGUGGAUUCAAAGCAUCCGGUGAAAUUGAUUUCCUAAAUUCAUGGACAUAUAAAUUAGGUGCAGAAUUAUUGACACCUUUUGGCAGAUUACAAAAUUUCGAAUUAGGUGUAUCAUUUAGACAACAGUAUGGUCAUUUAUUGAAUAAUUUCACCGAAACAAGUACGAUACCUGUAUUUCGAACUGAGUCUCAAGAUAGAAUGGUUAAAACAGCAGAGAAUUUCGCUGCUGGUAUGUUUGGUGUACCUGAAUACAUGGAUCAAGUGAAUAUUGAGAUUAUGAUUGAAGCUUCUGGAGUGAACAAUACAGGUGCUCCUUAUGAAACAUGUACAAAUUCAAACGUACCUUCAAGAGGUAGUAUUGGUUCUACCGCAGCCAGUAAAUUCGCCGUUAAUGCUUUCAACGGCACAAUCGAAAGACUUCAAGGUCAAAUACAAGGUGUAAACUUCACUUCUACCGAUAUGAUCGCAAUGCUUCAAUUAUGUUCCUACGAGACUGAUGCUCUUGGUUAUUCGUCUUUCUGUAAACUGUUUACGAAAGAAGACUUUGAAAACUACGAGUACUACUAUGAUUUGAGUUUCUAUUACAACAACGGUGCCGGAUCACCUGUAGCAGCAGCACAAGGGAAAGGGUUUUUAUCAGAAUUUGUCGCUCGAUUCACUCAAACUGCCCCCAUUGCGGACAAUUCAGUCAAUUCUACUCUUGAUAACGAUAAAACAUACUUUCCAUUGAACCAAUCGAUCUACGCUGAUGCGACACAUGAAGUUAUCCUCUUGGACACUUUUACAGCGUUGAACCUUUCAGCUUUGUUCAGUUCAGGUCCUUUACCCGUCGAUAAAAGAACCAAGAGCUCUUUCAAAGCUUCUCAAGUUGUACCUUUUGCAACACAUCUUACAAUUCAGAAGUUGUCCUGUUCGGACACUUCCCCUUCGGAUCAAAUUAGGUUUAUCUUGAAUGACGCUGUAUUACCUAUUGACCAAUCUUACCCCGGUUGUCAAUAUAACAAAGAUGGUUUAUGCUCUUUCGACACUGUCGUUUCUGCUUUACAGAAGAGAGUAGCCGAGAUUGAUUGGGCCUAUGACUGUCAUGGAAAUUAUACCGCUACUCCAGGUAACGAUUACAAUGGUCGAGCCCCUCGAUAA